CGAGGAACGGAGAUCUGGUGCCUUAGAAACAACCAAAGACGGAGUCGAGUAACAAGUAACGCAUAAAAGGGAAACAAGCAAAUUCAAAAGGCAGCGCAGCUUGCGAUACUGCAUCAUAACUUGUUCUCCGAACAAACACCAAAGAUCAUUGUUCGGAUCCGGUUGGUUGUUGGAUCGAGGAAGGUGACCAACGAACUGAUACCCAUUGACCCUAUCCAAAUCCGUUUCUCGGGUUGUUACGAUGAGUGGUGCCACAGGUAGCGCAACCCCGAACGUGGGCCUUUCUUCCAACCGCAGCAACAGCAGCGGCACCCCCUCGGCACCACCUCGACCCGCCAGCUACGGGGCCGCUAUUCCGGCCGCCACCUCCGGGAAUUUCCCUGCCAUCGGUUCCACCCUAGGCCCCUACUUUAGCGUUGGGAGGCUUGGGUUCGGAACGUUUUGUAGCAUCCACAAGUGCAUUAACCUGGGUUACCACCACAACAAAAAACGAAAGACUUUCGAGAACGACAAAAGGAAAGCCCUCCGGCUCGUUGCGGCAAAGGUGGAGAUUGGAGAAUUCAAAAAUUCUGGCGUUCUUGGAGGCGAGGCGUCCAUCCUGCAUUUUCUCGACGAAUCACUUCCACCCAACACGGUUCCCACUUAUAUGGGGCACUACGUGAACAGCAAUCGCGACAGAGAACAGAACAAAACGGUCACUUCGGCCAUUGUCAUGGAGUACCUGACGGGGCAGGACAUGCACAAAAUCCGGGAAUGGUCUACCAAGCACCAGGAGCAACAGCAACAAGAAAAACACGAGAGGGCGGAAAGAGGCGAUGACGAAGACGAAGCCCAGUUCUCGCCCGAAUCGUACGGCGUCGGAAAGAAUAAAGGCAACGAACACGGUUCCCCGACGAAGGGUAGCAGCGCUACAAACAACCGAAACAAAGGCUCGGGUGCUUCAACCCGGCGCCGCAUCGCGAUCAAAGAUGCGGUGUACCUUACGGCACACGUCUUGCUGCCUCUGCUGCGAAAGAUGCACUCGGUCGGAAUUAUUCACCGAGAUGUAAAGCCCAGCAAUGUUGUCAAACGGAACGACGAUGGCGACGAGGACGAGUCAAACAGCGGCAGCAAUGCCGAUAUGUUUUGCAUCGUAGACUUUGGCCUUUCGAAAUCCAUCGUCGUUCCGCACACCAACGACACGGCCGAUGCAAAGCAAUCGUGGAAAGGAUCGACGUGGAUGGGGGCAUCUGCUCCCGGGACGGCCGUUUCGUCGCGGGAUCCUUCCGGGUUCGAGCUUCUGUCCCCGGAUUCGAGCGGGCCCACCGAAGGCAAGACGAACAACCGGCCGUGCUACAGGGCAGAGCGGCCCACCGCCGACUUUCGGGGGACGUCCAUGUACGCCAGCGUGCGAGUCCACCAGCUGCGCGAGUACUCCCCCCGGGACGACAUCUGGUCGCUCCUGUACGUCUUUUGCGACCUCGCCUCCGGGGGCCUGCCGUGGAUGCUGUACGCCGCCAACCGGGACCGGGCGGCGUGCAAGCUCCUGAAGGAGCGCAUCCACGGCCUCGAGCCACAUGCCGACGGGAGGAUCGGAACCGAUACGAAGCGCCUGCUCCUGGGGGACGAGUACCACCGAGCGCUGUUCAGGAAGCGGAACGGAAGAGUCGAUCCGCCCAUGGACCACGAGGAGGGCGCCCUGAUCGAGGACGAGGAGGAUCCAGACCUGCCCAAACCGCUGGCCCUCUCCGAAGACGUGCACAAGGUUGGAUUGCUGACCAAGGCCUUUGAGCACCUCAAGGGCCUCGGAUACGCCGACAUACCCGAUUACGACCUCAUCCAGGGCUGCCUCGAGGGCUUUCGAGAGGACGGAAACAAGCCAAGCACCAAUGGAUCCGAAGCCGGGAAUGGAUCGUGCGAAACCCCCAUUCCUUGCAUCGAUUGGGGGCUCUUGGCGGAGCACUCCAGGAGCACCGAGAAUGCGGUCCACGGGAACGGCCACGGAAGCGUGCCGGCGUGGGGCUUCCUGGACGGCGACAAGGGGGACAACGAUCCCCUGGACGCUUCCGUCUUUGCCGAGGCGGAAAGAAGCAUUCUCCGGGGAAACAACGGCGAGGAGGAAGGAGGACCGCUGUACGGCGAGGCCGCCGACAUGGCGCGGCUGCCGCUGGAGCUCCGCUUCCGCAUGGCCCAGAUGGACUACAACACGGCACACCACACCACGAUCGAGCCCCACCUGGCCCUGCGCGAUUGGCUCGCGGCCUGCCUGCUGCUGCUGCACACACCGUGGGACUCGAAGCGGUACGAGCGGGGGGGCCACCGUUCCCGCGGAGACGGCUACAAGCGGGAGUUCUUCCUCCGGCUGGUGAACAAGUGCCUCGGCGGCGCGGCGAGGUUCGGGGGGUUCCGCGCGAGGGGGGUGAUCUACCGCGGCGGCGGCGACGAAAACGAGAACACCCACAACAACAACAACGGAAGCAGCAGCGAGCGGCCCGCAAAGCGGCGGAAGGUGGGGAUGCGAAACGUCCACGAGCCACCGGGCAACGAGACGGCAGACCUGCUCCUCCUCUCGCGGGUCCUGUUCGAGUUGCGUUACACAAAGAAGCUGGAAGAAAAACUUUCACCACCUCCACCCAGCCGGCUUUCCUUUGGAUCUUGAUAGAAUAUUGUACCAUUCAGCCUAGCAAUGGCCUGCCAUGCUACAAAAUAACACUAAUAUAGUACG